UAAGGCAACGGAAGAAGGACAAGAACGGAAAUCCGCCUUCUUGUCAUUUCACGGCGUCCUUGAAGGGUAGUUCGGGUGUAAGUCCGAGUCAAUCUGCGCAAAAAUGGUUGCUUACUGGAGACAAGCGGGACUGAGCUACAUCCGGUAUUCGGCCAUCUGUGCCAGAGUGGUCCGGGCUGCGCUGAAGCCAGAACUCAAAGCGGAGGCACAGAAAUCUGCAGAAGCCAAUGUAAAGAUCACUAAACUGAAGACAGCAUGAGCUAAGGAAUGGGAACUUUCUGGACUUGGAAUAGACCUGUUCAUAAGUAAUAACAUGAAAAUGACAUGACAUUUUACUGUAUAUUUAGAUGUGGUCAUAUGAUUGAGCCUGCUGCUCUUUAUGAAUAAAACGUUGUUUAAAGUCA